UAGCAUCCAGUGCUUUGCUUCUGUGGCACACACAGCUCUUCUUAAAUCUGUGAGAUAAUCCCUGUGUUCAAAUGUUUCACUGCAUCAAGAUCAUUAAAAUGUGUUAAGGCCCAGAGGUCUAAGGUGGUGUAACCUGGUGUAAUCUGGGGAUACAGCCAGGAGGGACAUCUGGAGAGUGGUGGCGUUGCUUAAAAACCAACUGGGAAAUGACGGUGUGAGGAACAGAUUGCAGAACUGGACCUUCAGUGUCUGAGCAGGAUUUUGAAUGCAGAAGUCAUCACAAUGAUAACAGCUCUUAUAUCCUGCUUUUUACUCAUAGCCAUGUAAGAACUUAAACACUGAGACAUAAGUUAUUGACCAGAAAAUGGCCCACCGAAGCCCAAUCUUCCCAACUCUUGCCCCUUCUGAAAGCACCCAUGAGCUCCAUUGCAUUCCAUGGAAGCUAUGCAAGUGCACUGCACCCUUGAAAAAUAUAGACAAAUAUUCAAGACGGGUUCGGAACAUCCCGCUGCACAGCCAGGCACUGACAGCGGUCCCGCUGGCAUCUGCCAGCCUGGUGGAUCAGCUGGAAGACAGAAUCCUAAGCCAUGAGAAAACAACGGCGGCCCUUGUGGAACACGCGUUUCGCAUUAAGGAGGACAUUGUUUCCACUCUGCACAGAAUGCAGAACAAAGGAGGGGGAGACCGGUUGGCCCGGCAGCUCUUGGAGGAACACAUCCGAAACAUAACGGCCAUAGUGAGGCAGCUCAAUCGGGACAUUGAGAUGCUGCAGGAACAGAUACGUGUCAGAGACAAUCUCAGCUAUGGAACAAAUUCUACCCUGAAGAGUUUGGAAAUGCGUCAGCUUUCUGGCUUAGGGGAUCUUCGAGGAAGAGUUGCAAGGUGUGAUGCUGGGUUAGCCAGACUGUCUGCAGAGCAUAAAAUUACAUAUGAAAGACUUCAGAGCCUAAGUAAAGACCAACACACUUCCAAGUUGAUCUUAGAAUCUAAAGUCAAAGAGGCAGAAAUACAGAUUUCUCACCUGCUGAGCAGAGUAGAGCAAUCAAUAAUGCAGCAAGAAGCAAAGCUGAAAGUUGCCUACAAAGAAAGCAACCAACAGCUACAACUCCUGGACACCAAAUUAAAAAAUGCCAUUGAGGAACUGAGCAGUCAGAUUUUGUCUGCACGCAGCUGGUUGGAACAGGAACAUGGAAAGAUUGAAAAAGAGCUGGUGCAAAAAGUUGAACAACUCUCACUGACUUUUAAGGAAAACACAGAAAUGAGUGAGAGAGCUUUUGAGAUGAAAUUCAACCAAAUGGCAGAGAAAAUUGAGAAAAUAGAAGAAAUACAGAAGAUAACCAUGGAUGCACAUGAAGCAAAACAGACUGAAGAAAGGAUAAAUAUUCGCAUUGGCAAACUCCAAAAUGAGAUAAAUGAAGAUAUAAAAGAAAUGAAAGCCGAAGUUAAUGCUGGAUUUGCAGCCAUCUAUGAGAGCAUUGGGUCUCUGCGGCAAGUUCUAGAAGCAAAAAUGAAGCUGGACAGAGAUGAACUACAGAAGCAAAUCCACCAAAUGAAGCAGGAGGUUCCAAGAUGGGGAGAGGCUGGACCAUGACUUCAAGAUUGUGUCUGAGAGAUUCAUGUUUACCUGGCUCAAUAGGCAGACUCUAGUCUUGUUCCAGUCUGUGACCCAAAUUAAUUGCAUGUAUCAAUGACAUGCUGCUGUUGCACAUGUCUGUGUGGUGACUCAAAGCAGUAAAUGCAAGCUCUUCACGGAUAACCAACAUGCAGCCCUUGGGGCUGAGGUGUUGAUUUGCCACUGCACUACUCUAGUUGCUGUCAGGAAAUUAAGCACUGUGUAAAACUGGAGUAAUAUAUUGGUGAAGCUGGCACCUAAUUUGCUAAAGGCAUUGCGGUUUUGCAGGCUUGGGCAGGCAGCCAUAUACUUCUAUAUAUAAGCACCUGCACUACCCCACCCCUCUCCUCUUUUUAAAAAAAUAAAGGCCACCUAAUACAAUUUGCUUAAUAUAAAUUUUGGCAAGGUUCUCCAUCUUGAUGCAAGUUAUUUAGUUGUAAUCAAUGGACAUUUUUACAGUGACUUUCUCUACUAUUGACUUCCUGGGAAGGUAGAAUGGGCACUAAAAAAAACCGAUGUUCAAAACCCAGAUGCCAUCAGAAAAUGUUUGUUUAGUUUUGCAAAUAUCCUCUGUGUGUGAAAACUAAAUAGUGUUAUAUAAUGUAGUUGUAGACGAAGAUGAUUCAUCAACAACAUAAGACAUUUUAAUGACAUGGUCUUAAGUAUUGUAACCUUUUAAAAUUAAUAACCAAGUGGAGCUGAGACAAGGUAAAACAUGUAUACAAAGUAUUUUUUAAGUGGGCAUGUGUUCCUGUGACUUGCUUCAUUGUGUUGAUAAAAACUUAGAAAGGUUUGAAAACAAAAGCAAAGGUGAUAAUCUAAUGUAGCCUGGAGAACGUAAAGCAAAAUAAAAUGCAAUUUAUGUUCUCCUCAGAAAUUUUCAUUGAAGUAAAAGAACUGAUUCAUCACAUUUAAGUAGAUUAAUAGUUUAGCAGAUUCAAAUUGCUAAUUGCAUUCACAGUAUUUCCAGAUAAUAAUUGCCAUUCACAGAAGGGAUUACAUAAUCAAAGUCAGCAUCCACGGGGCAUAUUAAUCUAGAUAGGAAAAAAUAUAUAUGUUAAUUUGAAUUUCUCAUUAAGAGCAUGAUAUAUUGCUCCUCAUGUUUACAAGUCAUGCAGGACUAAACACUCAUGAAGAAUAAAAGACCUCCUCUAGUCUCCUAGUAAUUUAUACUAUUAACAAUGACUCAUAUACAAAAAUACUAUUAAUUCACACAAUUCACAUUAGUGUUAACAUAAAUAAAUAAAUAGAAUGUCUCUACAUUAUUCUUAAUGGAUUUUUCUUUCAGCUAGUAUUGCAAAAACUAUUCGUAGUUGGAAAAUCAGCGGCAAAUUUUUCAUCACUUCCAUGAAAGGUUGUUUGGCCCACAGAGUCACCAUAUUUAGAACAAACAAAGAAUAAAAAACCUGCUCAAAAAACUUACACCAUUAACUUCAGUAAGACAGUGUAGUGUGUAAAAAUCAAGGAAAUGCAUACAUCUUCACAGGUUUAACACCUAAUUUUCUAUUCACUUCCUAUAUAGUUGAAAGCAAUUCAAAGCCUUUUGCAGCUCUGUCUUCCAGAGCUGACACAAACCAGGAAUGACAGAGGCAGCUUUGUUAUCUUCCAUGUGCUCUGAAAUGUAUUUACAAGGGCAGCUAAGGGGAAAGCCCAGUUCCCUAAAGAGAGACAAUGAAAUGCUUGCAAAUAUUUCUUAAGAAUUGUCUUACAAAUUCGUUCUUGCUCUACGUAUGUAUCUAUUCUUAAAUGUUUAGCCAUGUGCAGUGGAAAAGCUAUCACUGGUGUUUCACUAAAGAAAAAAUAAAAAGAA